AUGAAAUAAAAAUAUCUGAAAAUACUCAAUCCGUUAGUGAUCAACAUUCCUACCAGGAGUAUUCUAAAAUUGAUAUUGAUGAUAAGAAAUCCAUUGAAGAGAAACACGAACCAAAUGAAAAUUCACUUCAAAGUAAUAUCCCACCUUCGAGUGUAACGCCUACAAGUGUGAACAACUCGAAAGUUAUUGCACCGGAUGAAAGUAAUACAAAUGAUACUGCUAUCUAUAUUGAAGUUAAGAGUAAGCAGAAGUAUACUGUCGUCUAA